GAUCGCAACCACUUCUCUGUCGGUUCAUAUUUUCCCCAGGAGAAGAUUCAUCACAACAUUUAUGGCCGAUUCAGGGCGACAUAGCGCCUCAAAGCCUGGGCGGAGGUCAGGCAGUGGUGUGAAGAACACCAAUUUGACGUCUGGGAGAAACAGCUCUAGUAUACAGAGUAAGGAGGAAGAGUACAAGAGGCUAAAUGCUGAGUUAGAGGCAAAAACUGCGAACCUUGUCAGAGAAGCGGAGGAAGUAUUGAAAGAUCAGGAUGCAGUGUUUUCCCAGUCCAGUCUGCUAGACAACAUCAACACAGACGAGUUCCUUGAUGACUAUGAUGAAGAAAUAGACGACAGAUCAUCACUAACGCCGCAGUCCAGAUCAGGCUCCAAAUUGACCAAUCAGAAUCGUUCGUCAAGUUCAACAAGUCAGAAUAGACCAAUUUCAGCCAAUCAGAGCAGACCAAAUUCAGGCCUACAAAGUAGACCGAACUCUAAAACAAAGAAGACUGGUUCAGCAAGAUCACGGGGUCGCAGUGCUAAGUCCAAUGUGUCUGACAAUGUGGCAGUCCCUGAGGAAGCGUUUAUCACCGAGUGUAAGGAAUUCUCCAAACAGACAAUACUCGAUACCAUUACAAACAUAGAAGAACGCCUCGACACGGAUGAUGAUGAGGAGGAGGAGGAUGACAUCAUUCCACAAGCUGCAGCCGAUAUGGGCUCAGAGGCGACUAUCCGCUUCCUGAAGGCCAAGUUACGAGUGAUGCAAGAGGAACUAGACCGACUGGCACAGGACUGUAAUAAAAAGGAUGAAGAAAAUAACAGUGUCAAUAGCCGGAUCAAGGAACUGGAGGAUGAGCGUGGGAGACUUCACCGGACAAACGCCUCACAGCAGACACAGAUAGACAAGUACAAGAGGAUGGCGGAGGACGCAAGGACAAAAUCUGAAAGUUCGGAAACUCAGCUUGUGGCUCUCAGAAAGGAACUUGAGCAGAUGAAAAGAAGUCAGAAGCAGCAAUCGUCGAGCCAGUCUGCAACAGAAGUCCGACUCAAUCGAGCGUUGGAGGAGAUAGAGAAACAGAAAGAGCAACUUUUACGGUCUAAAUCAUCCUCUAAGGAGUCUACAGAACAGGAGAAACACAAAGUAGAUCAGCUGUUGUCAGUCAAUAAGCGACUGGAGAAACAGAAAAAUGAACUCAUGGCCGGCUUUAAAAAACAACUCAAGCUUAUAGACAUUCUCAAACGACAAAAGAUGCAUAUAGAAGCCGCGAAAAUGCUGUCAUUUUCUGAAGAAGAGUUUGUUAAAGCUCUAGAAUGGGGAAGUUAGCCUUUCAGUGGAAUCGUCAAACAAUACAACUGAAUGUGGAGAGGACAUUCCAUUUGGACUUCAUUAUGAUACUUUGAUUAAAAUUUCCGAUGUUUUCAUUUAUACAAAAAUCUUAAUAUAAAUAUAAAGUUUUUUAUAUCUGAAAAAUACCUGCUGAAGAUUUCUUGAAAAUGGAAAUGGAAAUUUGUACACAUGAACUAUGCUACUGUAGUUGCAGGAUGAACAAGCGUUAAAACCAAGGAAUUUGGUGUAGCAUUUAAUAGUAAUAUGUAUAUAUGUAAUGUAUAUUUUUAUUGUAUUUAUAUGAAUGUGUCAUUUACUUAAUAAAAUGA